AAGCCUCUCUCUUGUUUGGGCAUUAUAGAGUGUAGCCUACUAUUAUGAUGCAAAUGCUCGCUCCCAAAUCACAGCGAAAGGCAUUAGCCAUGUUUGCGGUUUAAUACCUUCCUUCGCUUUUAAGGAAGACGCUGGGGUUUUCAGUUCCUUUAAUCGCUCACCGCUUGUAAAAGAAGAGGAAGAGGACGGGCUGAGGAAAAAGAAGGAAAAUUAAAAGGAGGGGUGGCUGUCAGGCUUCUUCAAAAUAGGGACCCUAAGGCACAGGCAGCCUUUGUUGCUGCGCCAAUUGAUCGCAGAAGACAGCAUGAGGCCUGCAAGGAAAUCGGACACUGAUCCUCCUCGGAGGGUAACAGAAUUCAUUCAAAGCAUAAUUAGCAUCCCACUGGAGGAGAUUGAAGCUCCUCUCUCAAGAUUUACUUGGGAUUACGAUGACAAGGGUAGCUUCCAUCAUUGGACAGAAUUGUUUUUACAUUUUAACUUUUUUUUAAGUAAAUAUGUCAGUUCUAGAAAUGAUCUACAGUUAUCUGACAAUAUGUUGGAUGAAGAAAUCCUCUUUCCAAAAGGCGCAGUUCUGCAAAUUCUGAGAGUGCUUACCAUAAUAUUUGAAAAUUGUCGAGAUAAAGGUUCUUUCAGUGGUUUAGAGCACUUUACACAUCUUCUAUCAUCAAAUGACCCUGAAAUACUUUUAGCAGCUCUGCAAGCACUUGUGGCUCUUGUAAAGAUUAACCCAGCAAAGUUACACCUUAGUGGAAGAUUACCGGUAAAUGUGGUGUUGAAUCGACAUCUGCUUGCAUUGUCACAGGGAUGGGGUAGUAAAGAAGAAGGCCUGGGAUUAUUCUCAUGUGUUGUAGAAAAUGGCUGUGAUUCCUCAGCAAGCCAGUUGGGGUCUACUCUGCAUUUUGAGUUUUAUAAGGAUAAUGCUUUGGACUCUGCAGAAAAUACAAGUGGUCAAAAUAUGGCUGGUUUACAAGUCGUGCAUGUUCCUGGGUUGCUUCUGCAACCAAAAGAUAGCAUUGGUUUUUUGAAGGAUUUAGUACAUAAAUACCAGAUACCCGGUGAACUUAGAUUUACCAUAUGGACUCGAAUCCGGUAUGCAUCUGCUUUUUCUUCAAUCACCAGUCGCAGGCAGUAUACUUGUAUCAGGCUUCUAGCCUUUAUGGUACUUGUGCAGUCAAGUGAUACCCACGAAGAAUUAGGGGCAUUCUUUUCAAAUGAUCCAGAGUUUAUGAAUGAUUUAAUGAAGGUCCUGCAGUCCGAGGAUCUAAUUCCUGAUGAUAUUAGGGCAUUAGCUAUGUGGGCUCUAAGUUACCAGUUUGCAGCAAUAUCUGCAUCCCAAGAGAGGAGUCGAGCGUUGAAUGUUCCAAACAUAGUUACCAAUGCAGCCAAUCGUGUGUUUCUGUUGAGCUUGCUCCAAAAGGCUGUGAUGUCAUUGACUACGACAGAAGCAUGUUCUAUUUCAUUAGUGGAAGGUGCUUUAUACUUUUUCUUGGCACAUGUUACGUCAUCAUCAGCUUCUCCAAGUCCUACGAGAGAAACAGGGCUGAUUCCAGCCCUUCUUCCUUUGUUAGAGGACACCAAUUCUACUCACAUGCAUCUUGUUGUAUGUGCUGUAAAGAUUCUCCGAAAGUUUAUGGAUUACAGUAGUCCUGCAGUUACAUUAUUCCGGGAUCUUAGAGGUCUAGAUAAUUCAGUCAGAAGGCUGAAAAUUGAGGUUAACAGGGUUGUGGAGGUUUCUGAAGGGAGUGAUAUUGCAACAUCAUCAUUUAAUGAAUUGAAAUAUGGACAGAUUUUGUAUAGUCAGAGGCGACUUAUUAAGGCCUUGCUUAAGGUUCUAGGAUUAACAACCUAUGCACCGGCGACUGCUGCAAGGGCUCCAAACUCAGAGGAGAGUUCUUUGCCAUCAAGCUUAUCUUUAAUAUUUCGUCAUUCCCAUAAGUUUGGAGGUGACAUCUUUUCUUCUGGUGUCACACUUAUGAAUGAACUAAUUCAUAAAGAUCCAACUUGUUUCUCAAUGCUGCAUGCAGCAGGACUUCCCACCGCAUUUUUGGAUGCUAUUUCAGAAGACUUGUUGUUGCCUUCUUCGAAAGCACUUUGCUGCAUCCCUAAUGGUCUGGAUGCUCUAUGCCUUAACAAUGUUGGAUUGCAGGCAGUUACUGAAAGAAAUGCUUUGCAGUUUCUUGUAGGUGUCUUCACAUCGCGGAAGUAUUUGUUAUCACUGAAUGAAGGGGUUGCUCCUUUGGCUAAUGCAAUGGAAGAGUUAAUGCGCCAUGUUCCAUCUUUAAGAGGACCUGGUGUAGAUGUUAUCAUUGAAAUUCUCAGGAAAGUUGCUACAAUGGAGAUAGUAGGGCUGGAAUCCAAAGAGAUGAAGGAUUGUCCUGUUCCUAUGGAAACAGAUUCUGAGGAUAAAUAUAAUGCAGGGGUUGCAGUCACUGGAACAGCUGCUCAGAAUAUGACCAAUGAGCGUUUUCUACAGUUAUGCAUUUCACAUGCUAUGGUUUUUGUGCAUCGAGCAUUAGAAACUUCUGAUAUUUGUAGAAUAUUUGUUGAGAAGAAGGGUAUUGAAGCACUCAUGAGUUUUCUAACACUUCCAGGCAUUCCAUUAUCUCCUGAUGGGAUGACUGUAGCCGUUCACAUGGUAGCAGUUUCCAAAGUCUUCACUCACCAGCACUCAAACGUGCUUGCUCAGGUGUAUUGUGAAUUUCUCAGGGGUCAUCUGAGGGCUACUUCUGAUGAAUUAGAUCCUGUUGCUGGAACAAAUUUAUUAGCUGCAGAAAAUGGAUUGAACCAGAAAGUAUUUUGGUGCUUUUUUGUGCUACAGUUUUUUGUUUUUCUGGCCGAUGCAACAAGAGAGAAUCGAUGGUUGGCAGCACUUAUGACAGAAUUUGGAAAUGGAAGCAAAGACGUACUUAUUGACAUUGGUAGGAUACAUCGAGAAAUUCUGUGGCAAAUUGCACUUUUUGAAGAUUCAAAGGUAGGGGUGAAGAAAGAUGAUGGUCCUAGUGUGAAGGCUCUAACAACUGACUCGGAUUCACCUGCUAGUGAUAUAGAUGAACAUAUGCCCUCUUCUAUUGGACAAUACGUGGAUCUUAUUCUUAAUCAGCAUAGGCAGUCAAGUGUUUGGAAUGCUGAACAUCAACUUUUUGAUUUAAUCCACCUAUUUCAUGAUUUUGGCCAUCGUGCUCGGCUUCAACGAAGACUGAACAUGGACUCUUCUUCUCGUAGUCGACAAAUUUCCAGUCGUCAAAUUUCUUCUCAUUCUGAUGAAGGAACAUCUAGAAGCAAAACAGAAAGCAGUAAGCCAAAGUCACUUCAUUCUUUUUGUUAUGAGAUUCUAAGGUCAUUGUCAUUCCACAUAAGUCAUUUGUUUUCUGAAAUGGGUAAGGUCAUGCAUCUUCCCUCUCGACGCCGAGAUGAGUCUCCAACUGUUGGUCCUGCUUCGAAGAGUGUUGCAUCUACAUUUGCAAACAUCUUUCUGGAUGACCUCAACUUUGCUGGACAUAUAAAUAUUUCAGAGACGGAAGUACCAAUCUCAGCCAAGUGUUCUUAUCUGGGUAAGGUGGUUGAUUUCAUUCAGGCUGUUAUUGUGGACCGGCAAGAAUCGUGUAACCCUGUUUUAUUGAACAGUUUCUAUGCUCAUGGUGUGAUCAAGUCUUUACUCACAACAUUUGAAGCUACUGGUCAAUUACUCUGGACUGUAAUGCAGACACCUUCUAUGAUGGAAACAGAGGUAAAGGAACAGGAGCAUAAAGAUGAAAGUGAUAAGGCUUGGAUUUUCAGUACAUUAGUUACUUAUGCAGGGCUUAUGGACCACCUCGUAAGGCCAACUUCCAUCUUAGCAUCAAAUUCAUCACAGUUUCUAGUGCAGCCUGUGGCCGGUGGAGAUUUUUCUCUCCCUAAGGAUCCUGAGAGUUUUGCUAAGGUACUUCAGUCCCAGGUGUUGAAAGCAGUUCGUCCUCUAUGGAAUCAUCCCUUAUUUCCUCAGUGCAGUGUUGAAUUCAUUAGUUUGAUUUGUUCUAUAAUGAAACAUGUCUAUACUGGAGUUGAUGCUAAAAUGGUUAAAGCUACUGGAAAUGUUGGUAAUGCAUCCUUUCAAGGUGUUGCACCACCUCUUGAUGAAUCAGCAAUUGCAAUGAUUGUUGAAAUGGGGUUUUCAAGGUCAAGGGCAGAGGAAGCUCUUAGACAUGUGCGGUCCAAUCGUGUUGAGUUAGCAAUGGAAUGGCUGAUCAACCAUCCAGAGGAGGCCUCACAAGAAGAUGAUGAACUUGCACGAGCAUUGGCUUUAUCGUUGGGGAACACAGAUUCUUCAUCGACAGAGGAGAUGGCUACAGACCAAAAGGUCAUGGAGGAAGAAGAGGAUUUGGUGCAAUCUCCUCCUAUUGAUGAGAUAUUAUCCACGUGCGUUAAGUUGCUCCAGGCCAAGGACUCACUGGCUUUCCCUUUGAGGGACUUGCUAGUAAUUUUGUGCACACGGAAUGAUGGUCAGGAUAGAGAAAGAGUUAUUUUGUUCCUUGUUGAUCAGCUGAAACUUUGCAAUGGAAGUGAUGGAAGACAUAAUAGUUUAUUAUCCUUGACGUCACAUGUUUUGGCUUUAAUUUUACAUGAGGACAAUGUAGCUUGUCAAGUGGCCUCUCAAAAUGGUCUUGUGAGUGUUUUGUUGGAUGUUCUCUCUAACUUUUGCCCAGCAGAAGUUGAAAUGGAGAGCAUGCCAGAAUUGAAAUAUGUGACAGCAAUAUUACUAGUUCUGGGUCAUAUGGUUCAGGCCAAGCCAAAAUCGGAUUCUAAUGCUUUGAUGUCUGAUCAGUUGAAGAAAAGAGAUGAAAGCCUUCAGAAUUCUGAAAAUGUGGUUGAUAACCAGCAGAAGAGUUUAGAAAAUGCUUUUAAUGUUGGUGAAGGGUACAUGACAUCUGAAGAACAGAAAAGAGCGAUUGACAUUGUCUGCAAUUUCAUUCAGAUUCAUUUUCCCUCUACUACCAUACAAGCUCUGCUUCAGCUCUGUGCAAGGCUGACAAGAGUCCAUGCUAUAGCAUUGCGCUUCCUUGAAAAGGGUGGACUGGCUGCAUUGCUAAACUUGCCAACUAAGUGCUUGUUUUCAGGGUUUGACAAUGUUGCAACCACUAUCAUUCGUCACAUUCUUGAAGAUCCGCAUACUCUUCAGCUAGCCAUGGAGUCUGAAAUUCGGCACAGUAUUGUAGCAGCUUCAACUCGAAAUAUUGGUGGAAGAGUAAGUCCUCGCACUUUUCUAUCAAAUUUGGCUCCUGUUAUUUCAAGAGAUCCUGCUGUUUUUAUUUUGGCUGCACGAGCAGUUUGUCAGAUUGAAAUGCAUGGAGAGAGGCCUUAUGUGAUUUUGUCUAAAGAUCGAGAGAAGGAAAAGGGAAAAGAAAAAGAAAAGCUUCUGGAAAAAGAUAAGCAAGGUACUGGGGAUAAGGCCAUCCAGGUUGAAAAGGGCUUGCUUGGAAAUGUAGGAAAUGGAUCCAUCAAAAUUUCUGACGUUGGAGGGAAAACUAAAGGCCAUAAGAAAUCGUCCCAUAACUUUGCAAGUGUGAUUGAGCAACUUUUGGAUGUAGUCAUUCAAUUUUCACCUUCUGCUAAAGAUGAUAUUGGAGGGAAAUCUCAAUGUUUGGGUUCUGCCACAGACAUGGAGGUUGAUGAGAACCCUCUAGAUGGGAAAGGAAAGGCUGUUGUUGGCAAGGAUAAUGUGGAGCUUGAAUGUAAAUCUUCAGCUGCUUUGGCAAGAGCUGCUUUUAUUUUGAAGUUACUUACAGAAAUAUUACUAAUGUAUCCAUCAGCAAUAAAUGUUGUUCUGCGGCGUGAUACAGAAAGCAGCCACUUUAAAGGUCCAUUACAAGGAGGGUCUACAGUGAUGGGCCAUGGUGGACCUUUGUACCAUGUCCUUAAUAGGCUUCUUCCAUAUGGGGGGCAUCAUUCAAAAGAGAAGCCACCAAAUAGUGAAUGGAGACAGAAGCUCUCAAGCAAAGCUAGCCAAUUUUUGAUGGCAGUGUGUGUCCGUUCUGGGGAAGGACGGAGACGAGUAUUUGUGGAGAUCGUCAAUUUUCUCAAUGCUUAUUUUGACAGUCAUGAUGGUGGUUAUAAACCUCCUGAUUCCCAAAUGAAUGCUUUUAUAGAUUUUAUCAAUGAUGUUCUUGCAGCACGUUCACCAUCGGGCUCAAAUAUCUCAGCUGAAGUGUCAAAAACUUUAAUUGACGUUGGAGCUGUUCAGGCAUUGUGCUUAACACUAAAAUAUCUAGACUUAGACCAUCCUGAUUCUGUUAAGAUUGUGAAUGGCAUUGUGAAGGCUUUAGAGUCCUUAACUGUGGAACAGAUUCAAAGUCAGGAAGAUUCAGAAAAUAAACAUGGGAGUCGUGGGGCAUCUGAUUCAAGUCGCCAUCAGCUUCCAAAUGAUGGAGAAAAUCAAGAAGGGCCAUCAUCAGAUACAAUUGCUCAACCACGACAGAAUGAAACAGAUUUUGACCAAAUGGAAUCCUCACAUGAUGCACUUAUGUCCAUUCAAAAUGCUGCAAAUUUGAUGAUUGGGUCUGAGGAGGAUUUUACACACGAGAGUGUUGAAGAAGAUGGUGUGGUUGCUGACUAUAGCAUGGAUAAUGGUGGGCAAGAUAGUUCUGCUGAUGAGGAUGAGGAAGAGGAAAUGAGUGGCGAUGGUGGAGAAGAAGAUGCAGAAGAUGAUGAUGAAGAUGAAGAGGAAGAUGACGAGGAGCUAGAUGAGGAUGAUGUUCAUCACUUGUCACACCCAGAUGCUGACCAGGAUGACCAAGACGUCCAUGAGCUUGGUGAUGAUUUUGAUGAGGAUGACAUUUUGGAAGAUGAAGAGGAUGAUGAUGAUGAGAAUAACUUCAUAUUCAGAUUGGAAGAUGGGAUUGAUAUGUUCAAUCAUUUUGAAGUGUUAGGUCGUGAAGGUGAUUUUCCUUCAGAUCCUUUUCAUGUGAUGCCAAUUGAAGAAGUUUUUGGUGCAAAUCGUAGGCAGGGACGCACUACCUCAAUCUAUAAUCUUCUUGGUAGGACAGAUGAUCGUGGGGCAGCAUUUCAGCAUCCUUUACUUGUACCAUCUGUUCCAUCUAGAUCGGUGAUGCAUCGAUCUACAGAUGUACACGUGAUUUCAGAAAAUGCAGGUGAUCGGCUUAUUAUGGACAGGAAUCUGGAGAGUACUUCUGCUCCAUCUGAUCUAGACUCUAUUUUUCGAACCCUAAGAAGUGGACGACCUGGGAAUCGUCUGAGUAAUUGGGCGGACGAUAGUCAGCAGCUUCGAGGAACCAAUAAUUCUUCAAUAGCAUUGGGUAUUGAGGAGCUCUUUGUUUCUCAGUUACGGAGGGCUACACCGGUUGAGGAUGGCCCAACAGUUCAAGGAAAUGAUGCCAAUGUGUCACAUGAAAAAGGUGAAGCUAGUGUUUCACAAGCUGCAGAUGAUGGUACUCCAACUUUACAACCACAAGAAGAUAAUUUAGUUAGAGAGGAACAGGAACAAUCACAGACUGAGGGAAAUAUUGGUGAGAAUAUAAACACGGAUGCAGCUCAACCAUUGCAACACAGUUCUGAGGUACAGGUAAAUCAAUCUACAAUUUCGGGUCAACAUGACCUUGAUGUGCAGGAUGAACGCAAUGAACGAUCCAUGAGGGAUGUAGAAGCUGUAAGCCAAGAUAGCAGUGGUAGUGGUGCAACUUUGGGUGAAAGCCUUCGCAGCCUGGAAGUUGAAAUUGGAAGUGCUGAUGGCCAUGAUGAUGCUGGUGAAAGGCCACCUCUAGGAGAUUCCCAGACUACAAGGAUUCAGGCUUUGGGAAGGGUCCUAGGUGCAACUGGAAACCUCAACCAGAUUAAUACAUCAGGAAAUAUGGAAGGUGUGCAAGUGGAAAACACCAAUAGAGACCCAGUUCAACCUGAUACUGUAAGAGAGAUGAAUCAAACUGUGAUUGAUGGUGCUUCCACUGAACAACAGCAAACAAACCUGGCUGCAGGACCAUCUAUUGAUCCUGCCUUCUUGGAGGCCCUUCCUGAAGAUUUAAGAACCGAGGUACUUGCUUCGCAGCAGAAUCAACCGGCACAAACUGUGAAUAAUGAUCCACCAAAUACUGAUGAGAUUGAUCCAGAAUUUCUCGCCGCACUUCCUCCAGACAUUCAAGCAGAAGUCCUUGCACAGCAACGUGCUCAGAGAUUGCUCCAGUCUCGCCAGUUUGAAGGACAACCUGUUGAUAUGGAUAGUGCUUCAAUACUUGCUACACUUCCUCCUGAUCUUCGUGCUGAGGUUUUGUUGACAUCUCCUGAGGCUGUUCUAGCAAAUAUAUCUGAAUCACUUGUUACUGAGGCACGAAGGUUGCGCCAAAGGUUUGGUUAUUAUCUUCCCACAGAUAGACUAGGAGCAGCCCGAAGAACAUUGAUUGAUAGAAGUAGACGAAAUGGUUCUGGGAUAGGAGGUAGAAAUGGUUCCAUGGGGUCAGACAGAGUUGGAAGUUCAAGUACCCACAAAACAAUUUUUGGGGAUAAAUUGAUUGAAGCGGAUGGGAAGCCUUUAGUUGAUGCUCAAGCUUUGAAAGCCAUGCUCCGUCUUCUUCGCCUUGUACAGCCUGUUUAUAAGGGACCCCUGCAGCGUCUAUUAUUUAACAUAUGUACCCACAGUGUUACACGAGUCACCCUUGUGCAACUUCUUUUGGAUAUGUUGCUUCCUGAUGUAGAAGGUUCUGCUGGAAAUUCUGAUUCUGAUGGCAUGUCAUCAUAUCGAUUAUAUGGUUGUUUGGGACAUGUGAAUUAUUCUCGGCCACAGCUAUCAGAUGGAGUUCCACCUCUAGUAUCACGUCGUGUAUUGGAAACUUUAACGCAUUUGGCUCAGAACCAUCCGCUUGUUGCAAAACAUCUACUUUAUUUAGAAGAAAAUAAGAGUCUUAAACCCAAAAGAGAUCAUGAUAUGGGUCGGGGUAAAGCAUUGAUGAUCGAUGAAGAAAAUCGAUUGGAAACUAUAAAUGAGGAGGAUAGUGGCAAAUUUCCUAUUGUGUUAUUGUUAAAGCUUCUUAAUCAGCCUUUAUAUUCAAGAAGCACUGCUCAUCUUGAACAGGUUAUGGGUCUUCUUAAAGUAAUAAUGCAGAGUAUUGAAAUUGAUGCUCAGUCAGGGUCUGAGUCUCAACCUUUGGAUUCAGUUCAAAAGCCUGCUCCUCCAGAUGGAACAACAGAUGACCAGUUAGGUUCUUCAGGGUUGGAGAUGGCUUCCCAUGCUUCAUCUUCUGGUACAGGAAAGAAAUUUGAUGCUACGACUGUUCUUCUUGGUAUUCCCAAAACAGAGCUUAGAUUGUUGUCAUCCUUGCUGGCACGUGAAGGCUUGUCUGAACUUGCAUAUUCUCAUUCUGUGGAUGUAUUAAUGAAGUUAGUGAAAAUAGUCCCUUCACAUCGGCAUCUUUUCAUUAAUGAGUUGGCAAAUGCUACGGAGACAUUGAGCAAUAUUGCAGUAAGUGAAUUGCAAUCUUUUGGGGAGGGAGAAAACAUAGUUCUUUCAACUACAUUGUCUGGUGCUGCAAUUCUCAGAGUGUUACAGGCAUUGAGCUCCCUUGCUGCUUCAUUUCAAAAAGAAAAGGAUGACGAGGUCUUGCCUGAACAAGAGCAUGCUGAAAGUUUGGGUACAAUUAGGAGCCUAAAUGCAGGUCUUGAGCCUUUAUGGCAAGAACUCAGCCUCUGCAUCAGCAAGAUAGAAAAUCGGUCAUCUUCAAUGUCUCUUGUACCUUCAGCUUCUGGUACUAAUGGCAUCUUACCACCACUACCUCCUGGCACACAAAGGGUCUUACCAUAUAUUGAGGCAUUUUUCGUAACAUGUGAAAAGUUGCAAUCUGGUCAAACAACAUCUGGUCAGUUAGAGUGCAUAAGUGCCACUGCUACGGAAGUAAAAGAAGCUACAAGCUUGUUUGAGUCUACACAGUCCCUCUCUUCAACAGCUCAGCAAAGGAAAAUUGAUGAAAAGGGCAUCACUCUCAUGAAGUUUGCUGAGAAGCACAAGAGGCUUUUGAAUGCCUUUGUCCGCCAAAAUUCAGGAUUGCUUGAGAAGUCUCUCUCUCUCUUGUUGAAGGUUCCACGCUUAAUUGAAUUUGACAAUAAACGCGCAUAUUUUAGGUCAAAAAUAAGACAACAUCAGGAUCAUCAAAAUUACAGUUCUGUGCGCAUAUCUGUGCGAAGAGCAUAUGUUUUGGAGGAUUCAUACAAUCAACUUCGAAUGAGACAAGCCAGAGAGCUGAAAGGACGAUUGAAUGUUCACUUUCAAGGGGAGGAAGGUAUUGAUGCUGGUGGGCUCACAAGGGAAUGGUAUCAAUUAUUGUCGAGGGUAAUCUUUGAUAAAAAUGCUUUGCUAUUUACUACUGUUGGAAAUGAAGCGACAUUCCAGCCCAAUCCAAAUUCUUGUUACCAAACAGAACACCUUUCUUACUUCAAGUUUGUUGGGAGAGUGGUUGCAAAAGCUUUAUUUGAUGGACAGCUUUUGGAUGUUCAUUUUACUCGUUCUUUUUACAAACACAUACUUGGAGCUAAGGUUACUUAUCACGAUAUUGAGGCUGUGGAUCCAGAUUAUUAUAAGAAUCUUAAGUGGAUGCUUGAGAAUGAUAUAAGGGACAUGCCUGAUCUUACAUUUAGCAUGGAUGCGGAUGAGGAAAAGCUCAUACUUUAUGAGAAGGAAGAGGUCACAGAUCAUGAGCUGAUUCCUGGUGGGAGAAAUAUAAGGGUAACAGAGGAAAACAAACAUGAAUAUGUUGAUCUUGUUGCUGAACAUCGCCUCACUACAGCAAUUCGUCCUCAAAUAAAUGCUUUCUUGGAGGGGUUCAAUGAAUUGGUUCCAAGAAACUUGAUUUCCAUCUUCAAUGACAAGGAGCUUGAACUUUUAAUUAGUGGUCUUCCAGAAAUUGAUUUGGAUGACUUGAGAGCAAAUACAGAGUAUGCUGGUUACAGUGCAGCAUCCCCUGUUAUCCAGUGGUUUUGGGAGGCUGUGCAGAGUUUCAAUAAAGAAGAUAGGGCUCGGCUAAUUCAGUUUGUAACUGGAACAUCAAAGGUCCCCUUGGAAGGUUUUAAAGCAUUGCAGGGCAUCUCAGGCCUUCAAAGGUUCCAAAUUCACAAGGCAUAUGGAAGUCCUGAUAGGUUGCCAUCAGCUCAUACCUGUUUCAAUCAGUUAGAUUUGCCUGAGUAUCCAUCAAGAGAACAAUUGGAAGAACGCUUGCUUCUGGCUAUUCAUGAAGCCAAUGAAGGUUUUGGCUUUGGUUAAAAGUAUUGCUAAGAUAGUUGAAAAUAUGCUUCUUUCUGUUUAGGGAGUGAAUCGGAAAUAAGAUCCUCUCUCUUCAAAAUUUGUGAAAUUCUGUACAGUAUAUAAACAGGAUAAUUGAAUGCUAUUUUUUUUUGGUUGAGGCAUUCACUAACCUCAUUUUUGUGAGGGCUUUGUAUUUACAGAAUUUAUCAGAUUUACAUGGUUGUAUCUUGACCCAGUGAAUUCUAAAAUAAAAUAAUCAUCUCGCUUUCAAAAUA